GGAGCAUGCGCACUGGCAGCCCCUCGCACAGCCUUUGGAGACUAUGCGCAGGUGCGGUGCACUGCGCGCGGGCACCAGGGCGGUUUUUUCGACGCUGGCGGUGGAGGCAGGCAGCAUGAACCACGGUUGCUGGGCGGAUGGGGAGCGUCUGUGGUCAGUUGCCUUAGAAAUGGUGAGAGGGGAAGACCCUGGAGGAUGCCUGACAAGGGGAUGUCUGACACAUGAUAAAGUUGGAGCUCUUUUUGAAAUGUUUCUUGCCCUUCCUGGAGCAGAGGAGCCAUUAUUUAUGCAGUGAUUAUGCUUGUCAUUGCUGGUGGCAUCCUGGCGGCCUUGCUCCUGCUGAUAGUUGUCGUGCUCUGUCUUUACUUCAAAAUACACAACGCACUAAUAGCUGCAAAGGAACCUGAGGCUGUGGCUGUAAAAAAUCACAACCCAGACAAGGUGUGGUGGGCCAAGAACAGCCAGGCCAAAACCAUUGCCACGGAGUCUUGUCCUGCCCUGCAGUGCUGUGAAGGAUGUAGAAUGUGUGCCAGUUUUGAUUCCCUGCCACCUUGCUGUUGUGACAUAAAUGAGGGCCUCUGACUUGGGAAAGGUGGGCACAAAAAUCUUCAUGAGCAAUACUUCUUAGUAGAUUGUUUUGUUAUUCAAAUCAAGUUCUAGAGUUUUUAUGUGAGAUGAUAUAAUUUACAGUGUUGUUUUAUAUACUUUUGAAUAAAUGUACACUAUUAAAAAUAA